AUGAAACACUUAUUAGUGAAUUAUAGAAGCGAUGGAGUAGUUUUUGAGAAUUUGAGAAUUAAAGACUAUUUCAGUAUUGAAUAUACCAGUUAUAAAUUAACAACACAAAAAUUACAAGGAGAAGUAAUUCAAACAUUUCAAUUAUCUGAACUAAUGGGAUUUAUUAAAAUAGAGAAUAUUAAUUUUGCUAUUGUAAUUCAAGAAAGUAAAGAAACAUGUUCAUUACAAGAAAAAAAAAUCUUAGAAGUUUUAAGUAUUGACUUAUUACCAAUUUUACCAAUUGAACAAUGGAAAAGUACAUCAUCAUUUGUUAAAGAAGAAGUAAGUAAAGUAAAAGAAAUGUUAAUGACAUUUAAAUUAUAUUAUUCAUAUGAUUUAGACAUAACUUUAACUUUACAAAACCAACAAGAAACAACAUUUACUGAUCCAAGAUUCUUUUGGAAUGAAAGUUUAGUUUCAAUAUUACAACCAUAUUUUGCACAUUGGAUUGUUGUAUUUAUGGAUGGGUUUAUUAAAUCAAUACCUUUAAUAAAUUCUUCAUCAAAAAAUAUUCAAUACAUAUUAAUUUCAAGAAGAGAUAAAACUCGUGCAGGGUUGAGAUUUUCUUCACGUGGAGCUGAUAGUUCAGGAAAUGUUUCAAACUUUGUAGAAACAGAACAAAUUAUUACUGAUGGUAUUACAAAUAGUUCAUUUAUUCAAAUACGUGGAAAUAUUCCUUUAAUUUGGAAAACAAAAGAAAAAGAUUUAUUUAAACCAAGAGGAAAAUUUGUAGAAGACUCAAGACAAAAUGAUGUUUUAAUUAAACAUUUUAAUAUGUUAAAAGAAAUGUAUGGAGAAAUUACAGUUAUUAAUUUAUUAAAUAAUAAUGGAGAUGAAAAAGAAUUACAUGAUAUGUAUGAACUUUUUGUUAAAGCAAAUUUACUUCCAAUUAAAUAUUUUGGAUUUGACUUUCAUAAAAUUUGUGCAAAUCAAAAGUAUCAAAAUAUUGAAAUAAUAAUGGAGGAAAUUAAACCAAUAUUAGAAAAGAAUAAAUUUUAUUUUAAUAAUUCUAAAGAAUUAUUUAAUCAAUUAGGAAUUAUUAGAACAAAUUGUAUUGAUUGUUUAGAUAGAACUAAUGUUAUUCAAUCUUCAAUUGCCAAAUAUUUAUUAAGUAAACAAUUAAAUCUUAUUCUUGGAAAUAAAACUUUAUUACCUCUUACUUCUCUUAUUUCUAAUUCAGAACUUACUAAUUUUAUGAAUUUAUGGGCUGAUCAUGCUAAUGUAAUGAGUUAUAGAUAUACUCAAACAGAUGCUAUGAAAACAGACUUUACAAGAAAAGGAAAAAGAGAAAUUAAAGGAAUGAUUAAUGAUGGAUUAAUUAGUGUUCAAAGAACCAUAAUAUCAGUUAAAACUGAUCAAUAUAAAAAACCACAAGAAACAUUAGAUUUUAUAAUGGGAAAAAUAAUAUUUGAUCAAGAAAAUAUGAAUGAAAAAUGUAAUAAUGUUUUAUUAUGUAUUCCUAAAGCAAUAAAAUAUCGUCAUAAUAUUAAAAUUCAAGACACUGUUCAUUUACAUUUGGAUUCUUCUUUUUUUAAAGAAUAUAAUUAUGACUCUAAAUUAACUAGAACUAUCCCUAUUCAUGAUAUUGUUCGUUGUGAAAUGUGUGAAGAAAAUCCUCAACAAAUUAUUAUUUUAUGUGCAACUGAUAGUAAAGCAUUAAAAUAUGAAAUUCCAUCAAUCGUUGAGGCUCAUUCAUUAAUGAAUAUUAUUGGAAUUAAAACACCAAAUUCAACACCAAUAUUAAUUAAUCGUAGUUCUACUUUUAUUUCAAAUCAAAUAACAAAAAAUAUUACAAUUUCAUGUAUUCAAUGGAAAUUAAAUAAAAUAAAUCAAAUACCAAAUCAAAUUGAAAUAAUGGAAUUUGUUAAAGAAAUUCAAAGCAGUAUUGUUGAUAUUGUUUUAUAUAAUACAUCAUUUCCAAUUCAAUUAAAUCAUAUUAAUUCAGUUACACCUGGUAUUCUUCUUUUAAUGGAAAUUAUUAAAGAAUUAUCACAUCAACAACCAAAUAAAUAUGAAAUAUUUGCAGUUAAAGAAACAGGAAUUAUAGUCCAUUGUAUAUUAGUUUUAAAAGAACAAAUUCAUGUAUUAUCAAAUCUUUUUUAUUCUAAAGUUUAUACAUCAAAAAAUAAAUCAAAUGAAAAACCAAAAAUUGUUGGAAUUGCAUUUACAUUUAAUAUUCAUCAAACUUCUAUUGGUUUAGUAGCACUUGAUUUAAAUAAUGAAAUAAAUGACAAAUUAUUUUUAAAAGGAAAUAUUGAAUUAUCAUUAACAACAAAUCAUUUAUUUUUUAUUACUCAAAAACGACAAGUAAGUUUAAAUGAAUUAUUAAAUCAAUGUGAAAAUAUUAUGGAAACUCAAAAAGGAACAUUUUUAUAUUAUAGAAAUCAAUGGAAUUUUAUGAAUUGUUCUUCAAAUGAUUUAUUUAAAUAUCCAACAAUUCAAACUAUUCAAAAUUAUUUAACAAAUAAUUAUUUUGCUUGGACAGGAAGUGUUCCUUAUGUUGAAACUCCAAAUAAAACUAAAACAAAAUUUCAACUUGUUAUUAAAUUUAAUUCUUUAGAAAAUAUUAAAUUUGAUUCUAAAGAAAUAUCACUCACUUUCAUUUCUAAAUAUCUUCAACAAAUUACUGAAUUUAAAUUAUCUCUUCAACAAAUUACUCAAGGACAAUCUGUUAUUAAUUUAAAACUUAUGCAAUUCCCUCAACCUUUUUUAGCUCUUGGAAUUAUUCAAAUUAAAAUUCUUGAUGGCUCUUCUCUUUAUAAAGGAAUUAUUCCAAUGAAUGUUGUCCUUCUUAAAAAUUUAAAUUAUUCUUGUCAUUUAUUUUCAAAUAGUCUUCAUAUGGGUAAUUGGAAUAUGGAACUCUCAAUUGUUGCUUGUCGUGAAUUUUCUGUUCGUUUAGGUAAUGGAUUUACUACUCCACCAAUUAGUUCUUCUAUGAAUUUAUCAUUAACUCCUUAA